UAUUAUCUACGGUCACACUAAUAGUGACAGUCUGGCAUCUUGGCUGAAAAUUGUAUGUUAUUUUUCGUGAUUUUUAAUUGUUGAUUGCAAUAUGACGCGUUAUCGUGAAUGGGAUUUGGCCUGUAAAGUGUAUGUUGGAAACUUAGGAUCAUCGGCAUCAAAAUAUGAGAUCGAGAAUGCCUUUAGCAAAUAUGGUCCAUUGAAAAACGUAUGGAUAGCACGCAAUCCUCCUGGCUUUGCAUUCGUUGAGUUCGAAGAUCGAAGGGACGCGGAGGAUGCUACCCGAGCACUAGAUGGAACGCGUUGUUGUGGCACUCGAAUCCGUGUAGAAAUGUCUUCCGGACGUUCCCGUGAUCGAUCUCGGCGUGGCGCUGCUGAAGGUAGUUCCAGUAGUCGAGGACGCAGUGGAGGACGACUUAGGCUCAAUCCUUCUACUCUUCAACUACCUCCUCCUUCAGCAACAAGAACAACAAAAACAUCUUUGCGAUUCUUCAAAUCUUCUCUACCAUAAUGUUCACAAGCACAAAAUCAACCAACAAAUGAUCGCCGAUCCAGAACUUCCGAUGUCUAUAUAAAACAAAAUUUUUGAAAUCAUCAGUAUAUCAGCACAACAACAGAAACACGCUACCCAUAAUAGAUGAUACUUCAAUUAUUAAUU